CCCGCCCCUCCCCGCUCCCCGCACGCGCCGGGCUGCGCGGCUGCGAGGGAGCCCCGGGUGCAAACAUGGCGGAGCCCUCGGCCCCCGAGCACAAGCACAAACCCGCCGCCAACUCCGUGGCGCCACUCGGUAGCCGCGGCGGAGCGGCGGCGGCUGCUGGGGGCCCCCCGUCAGGAGGAGGAGGAGGUGGUGGCGGCGGCCUGUCGGGGGGCCUGUCGCAGCCGGCGGGCUGGCAGUCGCUCCUCUCCUUCACCAUCCUUUUCCUGGCCUGGCUGGCCGGAUUCAGUUCCCGCCUCUUCGCCGUUAUCCGCUUCGAGAGCAUCAUCCACGAGUUCGACCCCUGGUUUAACUAUAGAUCAACACAUCAUCUUGCAUCCCAUGGGUUUUAUGAAUUUUUAAAUUGGUUUGAUGAAAGAGCAUGGUAUCCACUGGGAAGAAUAGUAGGUGGAACUGUAUACCCAGGACUGAUGGUGACAGCAGGCCUUAUACAUUGGAUUUUAAAUAUGCUUAACGUGACAGUCCAUAUAAGAGAUGUGUGUGUGUUUCUAGCACCAGUUUUUAGCGGCCUUACAGCUAUUUCUACUUUCCUGCUCACCAGAGAACUGUGGAACCAAGGAGCAGGGCUUUUAGCUGCCUGUUUUAUUGCCAUAGUUCCAGGUUACAUAUCCCGAUCAGUAGCAGGAUCGUUUGACAAUGAAGGCAUAGCUAUUUUUGCACUGCAGUUCACAUACUAUUUAUGGGUGAAGUCUGUGAAAACUGGCUCAGUCUUUUGGACAAUCUGCUGCUGUCUAUCCUACUUUUACAUGGUCUCUGCAUGGGGUGGUUACGUUUUCAUCAUCAACCUUAUUCCACUGCAUGUGUUUGUUCUGUUGCUGAUGCAGAGAUACAGCAGGAGGGUCUACAUUGCAUAUAGCACUUUCUACAUUGUGGGGUUAAUAUUAUCGAUGCAGAUACCUUUUGUGGGAUUUCAGCCAAUUAGAACAAGUGAACACAUGGCAGCUGCAGGUGUUUUUGCACUACUGCAGGCAUAUGCAUUUUUGCAGUAUCUGAGAGACAGAUUAACAAAGCAAGAAUUUCAGACAUUGUUCUUCUUGGGUGUCUCACUAGCUGCUGGUGUUGUAUUCCUGAGUGUCAUCUACUUGACAUACACAGGGUAUAUUGCACCUUGGAGUGGCAGAUUUUAUUCAUUGUGGGACACUGGGUAUGCGAAAAUUCACAUCCCGAUCAUUGCCUCUGUGUCUGAGCAUCAGCCUACAACAUGGGUUUCCUUCUUUUUUGAUCUGCAUAUUCUCGUGUGUACUUUCCCAGCAGGGCUGUGGUUCUGUAUCAAAAACAUCAAUGAUGAAAGAGUCUUUGUUGCUCUGUAUGCAAUCAGCGCUGUUUACUUUGCUGGUGUGAUGGUUCGGCUGAUGCUCACUUUGACUCCUGUGGUCUGUAUGCUGUCUGCAAUUGCUUUCUCCAAUGUCUUUGAGCGUUAUUUGGGUGAUGAUAUGAAGAGGGAAAAUCCACCAAUAGAGGACAGCAGUGACGAGGAUGACAAAAGGAACCCUGGCAACCUGUAUGAUAAGGCAGGCAAAGUGAGAAAACACGUAUCUGAACAGGAAAAAACAGAAGAAGGACUAGGUCCUAAUAUCAAAAACAUUGUUACUAUGCUGAUGCUGAUGUUGUUGAUGAUGUUUGCUGUUCACUGUACCUGGGUAACUAGCAAUGCAUACUCCAGCCCCAGCGUUGUUCUCGCUUCCUAUAAUCAUGAUGGCACUCGGAAUAUUCUAGAUGAUUUCAGGGAAGCCUACUACUGGCUGAGACAAAACACAGACGAGCACGCCAGAGUGAUGUCAUGGUGGGACUAUGGCUAUCAGAUAGCAGGAAUGGCUAACCGGACUACCUUGGUUGAUAACAAUACUUGGAACAACAGCCACAUAGCCCUGGUGGGAAAGGCAAUGUCAUCAAAUGAGUCAGCAGCGUAUGAGAUCAUGAGAAGUCUGGAUGUGGAUUAUGUUUUGAUUAUUUUUGGCGGAGUGAUUGGCUAUUCUGGUGAUGACAUUAAUAAGUUCUUAUGGAUGGUGAGAAUAGCAGAGGGGGAACAUCCCAAAGAUAUUCGGGAAAGUGAUUACUUUACCCCUCAGGGAGAAUUCCGGGUAGAUAAGGCAGGUUCUCCAACUUUACUGAACUGCCUUAUGUAUAAAAUGUCCUAUUACAGAUUUGGAGAGAUGCAGCUGGAUUUUCGGACACCCCCAGGAUUUGAUCGUACACGCAAUGCUGAGAUAGGCAACAAAGACAUUAAAUUCAAACAUCUGGAGGAAGCCUUUACCUCAGAGCACUGGCUUGUUAGAAUAUACAAGGUGAAACAACUAGACAACAGAGAGACAUUGGAUCAUAAACCUAGAGUAACCAACAUUGUACCGAAACAGAAGUAUUUGUCAAAGAAGACCUCCAAAAGGAAGCGUGGCUACAUUAAGAAUAAACUAAUUUUAAAGAAAGGCAAGAGACCCAACAGGAAGACAGUUUAAAUACACUGCUCUGAUUGCUAAUACGAAGCAGUUGUCCUUGAGAUAACCAGUCUUUGCCUUUAGCUCAAGUCAUGUUUCACAGCAACAUGAGGGUACAGAACCAUCAUUGGUCCAGAUUAUUGUACAAAAUUUUCAGGCAAUGUCUGAUUAAAAAUAUUGGCUUAUUGAGAACAGCUGUUUUAGAUUUGUAAUGUGAAGCAAGACAGAGCUGCUAUCCAAGUCUAGCAGCAUUUUUUUUAUUGGUACAUAUUAUCCUUCAAAUCUGUUGAGAAUUUGGACUGACUGCACCAAAGAACCCUGUAAUUUGGUCCUUGGCACAUGCAUACUUGUCAAUCUUUUUUGGAAAACACUGUUUGGCUGAAUAGCAGCAGUAUGUAAACUGGAAUGGCGACAUCUAAAAAUGACUUGUUUUCAACAUUUAAGAGGAAGCAGAGCUCUCUGAAAUUAAACUUUCAAAAGAAGUUACUCCCAUGAUUAUUUUUCAACGGUUUCUUUCCAUGUCGUUUUACUCUUGCUGCAGGCUGGUUUUGAUGCGGAGUGUAAGAAGCAAAGCUGCAGUUUUCACACGAGAUGACAGGACAAAUUAAUUGGAUGCUAGAUUGGAUGAGCUGCUUUUGUUCAACCUGGAUUGCAGUAUUGCUGCCUUACACUGUCAUUUCAUAAGGUAGACAAGGCAAAUCUUGCACAUUGUAGAUAUAAGGGCUAAAUUUGUAUCGUCCUGAAAAAUCUGAAACGACAGUAAUGAAUGCUAUAGUGACACAGCUCGGCACCAGGGAGCUACUGGUGCUUUAUAACAGAAAUAAAACUGUUCUAGGUUAAUGUUUACAUUGGUAACAAGUGUAGCCUGUUCAAUGGGGAAAGAAAAAGGUUGACAGGUAUACAAACCCCCUUUUCUGUGGCUGCCAGAGGCAGAGGUUUUGCAAACCUCUUCCCUCCCUCACUGCCUUCUCUUGUGAGGGUGAAAGUUUUUCUGGAAACCCGUUUCUCUGCAUUUUUAUUUAGAGUGCUUAAAUGAAUUGAAGAAAUACCUGCUCUAGUGCUGUUUGCUUUGUCUGUCUUUUAUACUGUUGGGGUUUUUUUUUAAAAAAAAAAGAAAGUGGUGAAAACUCAGACUAAAUGCACUAAAAUAUAAAUGGAGACUGAACACGUUCACUUUCCAGAUAUAGGAAACCUUUAUAGACUUGACAAUUUUCUUUAAUUCAAAUGAAAGGGGUUUUCAGUUUGUUUUCCUGCCCCAGUUGUAACUUUUUAUAGAAACAGAACUUGCAUCAAUCAUUUGAUGUAAAAUGCAGAAUAGUAUGUACCUUUCAUGAAGAAAAUGUAAAUUUACAGUGUUCUGUGAAAAUGUUACUGCUGCCUUCUUUCCCAAGGUGUAGAAUAUUUUUUUUUUUGAUUUAUGAACUCAUUUUUGACUCUGAUGGUUUAUACAGACCAAUACCACAGCUGCAACAUUUUCACAAAGGUUAUUAAAUCUGGAUUUCUGGCCCCCCUGUCGUUUGGAGAUUUCAUUUUAUUUUGUUGCUUUAAAGCUCACUGCAGACCAGUUGUUGACUGUAGGGGAAAAUAAAAGUUAAUUCAAGUUUUGUGUUAAGGGUGUUGCAUCACUUUUGUUGUGAUUAACUCGAUAGCGUGUUGCUUAUGGUCCUAAAUUAAGUGAUUCCAACUGCCAUAAUGCAAAUCUGCUGAACUCGGGAAGCUGCUGUAAUGAAGCCACAGCAGCUACUUAACAUUCUUCUAGCUUAAAUUUACUAAGCCAGAUGUAGAACCUCUACUGAGAUGAAAUUCAAGAUGGCUGUAAUAUUUUAGAGAGAACAGCAGCCGCCUUUCCCAAACACAUAAUGUUGCAGUGAAUCCUUCAAGCAUCUGGAGAAGCUCAAGCUGUUACCUUGCUUAAUCACCCCUUCCGCUUGUGUCUAUUUGAUGCAUAAUUUUUAUUCUUUUGCUUCUUUCAAGCAAAUCUGCAUCCUGCCCCAUCACCAUUAUAAGAAACAAGCAAUCUAACAUUUAGAAGAACAUCUGAAAGUCAACAAAACAGAUGCUGCUGGUCAGUCUGUGGUUUGGCAGUAAGUCCAACCUACUUUUAAUAAAGAAAAUAAAAGGUUGUCCCUUGUCUUUAGGUAUCUUUACAGAUGUUUUCCAUCUUGGCUGACAGUGUUCUCUUCAACAGAGCAGAAAUAAGUGAAUCCUUUUACAGCUUUAAAAACAGUGCCUGUAAGAAAAGUAAGCUAACUAUGGCAUCUUAGCCAGCCUGGGCCUGAAGGUGCCUACCACAUACCUGAGCCUUCUCUAAUUUGACUUCAGAGCUUCUGCUGAUCUUCUGCACUUAAACGAAAAGUUGAAGUCAUCAAGGAAGCCACUUAGAAAGAACAAAGUUACAAAGAAGAACUGGCAGGCGCUGUGUCACCUUCCUUGGUUCCACAGGCACAGCAUAGGUUCCCUGGCUCUCCACUUGCAUCCUGGAGUUAAACUGACUUCUGCCUUUUCUCUGUGAGAACUGACACACACUUCUGUCUGCAAAGAAAAUACUAAACUCCUGCAUUGUUACCAAACGUACCUUCCAUACUAGUGUAUUUCCUUAGCUACAGCCAUCCUGCUGUACUGCUAGGGCUGUAGAUUUUGAAGCAUAAUAGCCACAAACCAGUAAAACCUAGAGGUGAAAAAAAAGUUCCAACUAAGCUUUGGUCUUCAUUUGCUAAGGAACUAAAACUGCAAGUGUCUAGAAGCUGGUACUGCUGAAGUUUUGUAUUGCUUAAUGAUCGCUGCUGAAUGCAGCGAGGGCGGACGGUGCUAUUGGUAAUCCCAGAAAAAAUAUUUUGACUUGUGGAAGAAAUUCCACAAUGGAGGGGGAGAAAAGUUGUUAGUUAAGUACCUUAAUAGACUUACUCUUGAAGAAACCAUUUAUGAACUGCUUUGACUCAGCCCUCUGUACAUCAGUCCCACUGUGAGUAAAAAUUGAAAUCCUAUUCAGCUGUGACUAAAACUGUCAAUAAUGUCUUUAAACCACGUGUAUGAACUGCUCCAAGACAUGGCCUUGAAGCAAUGCAAAGAACAUGACUGGGUAGUGCUUCCUGUCCCAUUUACAGACAGUGUUGUUUUCUGUUCUGCAUAAAAACAAAGUGUUCUUGCACAAUAGUUUCCAACGCUGUGGAUCAAUGUUCAAAACAAGCUAGAACUGCAUUAUCUAAUACUUAAAAACGUUGCUCAGGAUCCACAAAGCCUCUAAGCACAUUUUUCCUCCCCAUGUAAGUGUCCAAUGCUAGAAUAAAAAUUAGAUUUGUAUUUUAAGAGGUAUCUAGCUAAAAAAUUGUCAAAAGAUUAAAUGAAAUAUGAUUUUCAGAAACAAGGCAACGCCUUAACCUAUUUCCUUUCUAUUUAUCAGAAGAGGGCUUAUAUUCACCACUCUUUGCUAAGGCUGUGAUGCUUCCCAGCCCCGUUUUUUACAUGUCGUGCUGUCCAGUUUAAACAAAAACUUACCUAUUGAGUGUCUGGCAGCACUAACUGGGCAGAGCAACACCCACAACAAAC